CAGAUCAUCUUUUAUGAAGACAAGAACUUUCAGGGCCGCUCCUAUGAGUGCAGCUCUGACUGCUCUGACCUGUCCUCAUAUUUUAGCCGUUGCAACUCCAUCCGUGUAGAGAAUGGUAACUGGAUUCUUUACGAGCAGCCUAACUACAAAGGAUAUCAGUACUACCUAAGAAGAGGAGACUAUCCUGAUUUCCAGCAGUGGAUGGGCUUCAAUGACUCCAUCAGAUCCUGCCAUUUAACUACUCAACAUCGUGGUCCUUUCAUCCUUAAAGUUUAUGAGAAGGAAGAUUUCAAAGGUCAGAUGAUGGAGUUCACAGAAGACUGUCAAUGUGUUUAUGAGAAGUUCCGUUAUCAUGAUAUUCACUCCUGCAAUGUCCUUGAUGGUCACUGGAUGUUCUAUGAGGAGGCCAACUACAAGGGACGUCAGUACUACCUGAAACCUGGAGAGUACAGGAGAUUCACUAACUGGGGAGCCAACAGCCCCAGGGUUGGGUCUUUCAGACGUGUCCAACAUCUUUAUUAA